AUGGGCUCGCUUUUUCAGUUGCGCGACUUCUGGUAUACCUCCUUUCCUGAAGAAGAGUUCAGUCCCUCCGCCGUGACCCUUGCCGACCCGGAUGUUAGCGCUCUCUUUGACAAGAUUGUACUUGGAUCCUACCAAGGCGUGCUACGCAUUGUGAACCCGAGCGCCUUCGAGGGCCCCAUGCAGCCUGGUGAUGUGCUGCUUGAAAAGAAGUACACAGCGCCUAUCUUGCAGCUGGAUUGCGGUCCUUUCCGCCCCUUCCGAGCUGGGGCACCAUCCAACUUGCUGGCGAUACUGUUUCCGCGAGCACUCAUGUUCCUCGAGAUCACCGCACAGGGCAGCGACAACCCGAGUACGAUAAACGAGCUAAAUCCAGCGAGCCGCGACUCCGGUAGCAGCGACCUCGCUGCAGAGGCGUCAGCGUCAACCACUGCGGAUGCGCAACCCCGUCAGCGCUACAGGCACGGCAACAGCUCCAACGUGCAAGACGCCUGCUCGUCGUUCAAGGAGCUUGGCGCCUUCUACACGGUAACAGUGCAGAGUGAGGCUCACCUCCAGUCCACCGCCUACAACUUUGUGUGUGGCUACUUCGGCAGUAGUGACUACAGGAUGGUCUGUGUUCAGUCGAUGGACGGCUUGCUGACGAUUCUGGACUACUCCGGCGUACUGUACCGCACCUUUUGGCCCUCCAAUCAAUUUCUUAUUCCCGGCCCAAUGCAGUACAGCGUUCACCGUGAUGCCUUACUGACGUGCAACACAUCAAUGUUCCUACUGAGCUACAGCUUCAGCUCUCUCGUCUUGAGCAGUACCACCGAAGACGUGGCGAUAACGAUGACUGGCACCGUGACUGCGGGUCCGUCCUCUGGCCUGUGCCCGAUGUGGGCGUUCAAUCUUGGCGAAGAUGCGGUCGACAUUGCGGUAUGUCGGCUGACUCGUGGCCUGCCGCGCGAGGAGGCUGACAUUGUGGUACUUUGCACCUCCAUGCUGUACGUGCUGAACGAGAGCGGCGAGCCGCGCAUGAUUCGUCGACUUGACAUCGAGGCGUCCACCCUGUGCGUGUAUUCGUUGCCAGGCAUCCAGUACGACAACCUGCUUGUCGGCACCUUCAACGGUCUUGUGCAGGUCUACUCUGACACGGAGCUGCAGUGGAGCGCGGCUGUUGCUAGUGGCGCUGCGCCGCUGCACCUUACCGUCGCCACGCUUUGCGGUGUCGAAGGCAUGAUUGUCAACCUGGCCUCCGACAGUUCCCUCAGCAUCAACUACCUCGGCACUGACCCUGUCGAUCAGCGACCUCAGUCGUUGGAGACAAAGUUGACCUCCUACCCAGAGCUUGUCCAUGACCUGAGGCAGUGGGAACAGCUUAUCCAGCAGUACAGGGGCGGCGCUGAGACUCCCGCGGAGGACGGCGACCCGGAUGACCUGCUUGCCGUCCCCGAAAUGACGUCUGCCUACGCUGGUGCAAAGCUCAAGAAGAAGUGUGGUGCCGGCACCGCAGAGGAGGAAGGUGCAUCCUCAGUCAUCAUUGCACCGACGGCACCGAGUCCCCGACAAGCCGCUGUCGCAACGCCCCUCUCCAUCACAAGCGAAUUUGCGAGCAUCAGAACAGACGACAAUAGUGCCAUGUUCACCGUCACAUUACAGACGCUCAAUAACCACCGCGUCAACGAGGUUAUGCUGGUGCUGCAAGCCGUGCCGCCACUGUUGGUAACGCCGUCUCAAUGCACCAUCGAGCAAAUCACCCCAGACAGCAGCGUCCAACAGACCUUCACCGUCAGUGCUAUUCAGGACAGGGACCUGAUCAUACCCUCGUCGCUGGAAGUGGUGGUCGCAGCUCUGUAUCGUGGUGAACGACGCGAGUACGAGACGAUGGAACACGUGGCUCUGGCGCCGCUCCUACUGGUGGCUCGCCCUGUCGCCCCGGUCAAAAACACGGCACUUUCGCUUCAGCUCCACACCAACCAGAGUUCACCGCCGUCACUCGUCGAGAUGUUUUCUGAUAUGGUCCCGUUCGGCAACAUAACGGCAAACGUCCUCUCGCUGCAGUACCUGAACGGUGCGGAUGCAACGGUGCUUGUGUCCAAGAACGCGGCCCGCUUUAAGCUCCAGGGAUCCACGAUGGAGGGAUUGUGGCUGCUUGCCUCGGAGCUCACGCGACGCGUGCCGCUCUGCUGCGGUGGUGCCGUCGAGUUGAAGUUCGAGAUCCCGGAUCAUCUUCCAGUGCCCGACUUUCUGGCGGUGGUGGACACACACUGGGCUAUUCGGAAGGAAAUGGAGGCCGCCUCAGCGGCACUCGACGACGCCGCUUCGCUUUUCCGCGCCGUGGAGAAACGACUCCUGGCGCGCUUCCGUGACCGCAGCCCAGCUGACGCCACGGCGGUGGAAGUCCUGUUUCAGGAAAGCUACAGCCUGCUGCGGGAGCGGGCAGACGCGAUGACGCGGGCAAAGACGCGAAUGCGACAGGCCUCGGCCAUGUUGAACUGCUGCGCACAGCUUUUCUGGCUUUGCCUGGAGAUGAAAUCCCCGCCGCUCGCCGCGCAAGAUGCGUCUAUCCUGUCGACGCUGUUCCGCUGCUCCGUCUCGGAUGACAACGAUGGAGGCUGGGAGGAGGCAGCGGAGACGGUGCUGGCAACGGUGCUGAAGCUGAAGAAAAAGAAAGUGGCCAGUAAUACCCUUGAGGUCUCCUCCAGUACCGCGAACUUGAAGAAGUACAUCGGUGCGCUGGUAAGCGUUGUGCAGUCUGGCCAGAGUCUUGGCUCCGCAUAA